UACGAACAAACAUGCUACUAUUCAUGACAUACACUCAUUUCCAUUAUUAAUCACAAUCUGCACGACUUGUCCACUUCCCGUAAAAACCCCAAUUUCUUGCAACUCAAUUUUUAUUUUGUUUGUGACCCUCUUUCUUGAAAACCCUAUUUCCUAAUUUUGUUAUCUUGGGUUUCUUUAUCUGCACUCCUCCUCCUGUUUUCAAACGUUUGAAAACAUACCUUAUAAACCCUAUUAUUCGUUUGCAAUUUGCUGCUUUUGGGUGUCAUUUAUGAUGGUUAUUAAGGAAGAUUAUGAUGGGUGUAAAGAUAGAGUUGAGCAGAAGAAGAAUAGAUAUGGGGAUGGAGUGGCAUGGUUUAGAGGUGCAUUGCUAGGUAAAGGAAGUUUUGGGUCUGUUUUUUUAGCAACUUUGAAGAAGCCCAAAUCAAAAUUCAGGUGUUUUCCACCUGUUAUGGCUAUUAAAUCUGCUGAGGUCUCUGUUUCUGGGUCUAUUCAGAAGGAAAGGGAGGUUCUUUCGAAUAUUGGGAGGUGUGAUUAUGUAAUUAGGUGUUUUGGUGAUGAGAUUACAACUGGGGAGAAUGGUGGGAUGGUUUAUAAUUUGUUGUUGGAGUAUGGUGCUGGGGGAACCCUAGCUGAUGUUGUUGGUGAUGGGGGAUUGGCGGAAUUCGAUGUGAAGCGGUAUACGAGGGAUAUUGUGAGAGGUAUAUAUCAUAUUCAUAGUAAUGGUUAUGUUCAUUGUGAUUUAAAGCCUGAUAACGUGUUGCUUGUUGGUAAUCGUGGUAGUCAGUUUAGGGCAAAAAUUUGCGAUUUAGGGUUGGCGAAGAGGGGGAUGCAGAGUAGUAGUAAUAAGAAGAGGAAGUUGGAUCCUUAUUUUAGGGGGACUCCUAUGUAUUUAUCGCCUGAAGCACUUGCUGAUGGUGUUCAGGAAUCGCCUGCGGAUAUUUGGGCACUUGGUUGUAUUUUGAUUGAGAUGUUGACGGGGAAGUCUGCGUGGGAUGGAAUUCAGGAUUUGGAUGGUGAUGAGCUUCUUGAAAGGAUUGCGGAAGGGCGUGAAAUGCCGAGAAUUCCAAGUGAGAUAUCGAUUGAGGCUAAGAAUUUUUUGAAGAGUUGUUUGGCGAGGAAGCCUAUGUAUCGUUGGACAGCGGAGAUGUUAUUGAAUCACCCGUAUUUGGAGGGUCUGGUUGAUGUUGACGAGGCUGGGGAAUACGAGGAGGUUUCAGAUGUGAAUGCAGAUAGUUCGUUGAUGUUGUUGUCUGAGGCUGAUGAUGAGCUCGGUUUCUCUUUCUGGGAAGAUGAUAGCUUCCUGUCGGAGGAAGAAUCGGUUUCUUAUUGGUCAGAAGAUGAGGAGAAUGGUGUAGAAGUUACUGGUUUAGCUAAAGAAGCUACAUUGAAUAUCCAAGAGAGUGCAGAUACUGCAAGCUCAAGAAGUGAUUCUGAAUUUAAGCAUGCAAUGAGGGUGCCAGUUCCUUCAAAUACAAGACAUCAGUACCCAAUUGCAUUCACCAUUCCUGCUGGUGUCUAGCAAUGUUUUGGCGAGUCAUUUAGCCAAGGCCAACAUGCACAGUGUAUUUUACAAAUUACUAAAGUAUACACAUCACAACCAGACAGAGCAGGUAAUUACUGAUUUACUAUUGGUUUCUAGGAUAUGAUAGUUAUUGUGAUUCAUUUAUUCAUACUAUGGAUGAUAGUUAUUGUAAUUCAUUUAUUUAUGUAUGGGAGAUCUAUGUAUAUUCUCCAGUAUGUAUAAUGCCUCAGAUAAGUGCAGUCAUGGCAUUUAAGGCAGUCUUGGACACAGAUGUGAUAAUUCUUCAUGCUUCCUUUCUUGGGUCAUCUGCAACAUACAUGAGAACUUUCUAAAAGUAGUCAUUUUCCUUUUAGAGUAAGAAUUUGUAACUUUUGCAUCCUGGGACAUUAGAUAUUAUACACACACCAAUCAGUAUUUUAUUUUGUAAUAUUCUUUUGACAAUUAUUGUUAUGUGAGCUAUCUUUGUUUUAGGCCGAGUUGUUGUCCAACUGUUGCUGUAUAAUGUAUGAAGCUAAUCCUUUUACACAUACAUUUUUUCUUGCAUGCAUACAAUGGAUCAAUUUUCUGAGUUUAAGAGCACAGGUCGCACACUUCCCUGUAGUGUAGGUAUGCUCAUUGUUGAUAUUUACACAUCUCAGAGAUACUUACAUGUUGAUUUGGCCGAACUUCAUUUGCAGAGGAGUCAUGUUCUUUCCCUUCUGCUGCACUGAUCUGACAGGAGGAAAAGAAUUUGGCAUGAACUAUUACUAAAGAGUGAUGAAUCUAGUGCUUAUAUUUUGUCUCUCUGUUUUUUUCUAACUGAAAAUUAGUUAAGUUGAAUCAGGUGUAUGGCCAUACCCCUGCGAGUAUUGGAUCACUCUCUUAAACAUUAGUCUAUUUAGAAUAUUUAGUUUGGAUCAUUUGGAUUAGGGUCCAUUUAAUUUAGUUUCUAAUCAUUAGAAUGAAGAAGUGAGGUAUUAUAUACUGGUAUCUGAAAUUCUAAAGAGGUGCGCCUGGUUAGUUAUAUACCCAACGUAGCUAAAUUAAUUAAACUUGUGUAUUACGAUCUCCAUUUCAGCCAUCCUUUUAGUAUUUAAUUCUCUAUCACCAGCAUCAUAUAUGGACCAGGAUGCAAGUUUAUUUAACUUUUCUGGUUCGAAUAUUCACAAACACAUUAUUGUAUGAGAACGCUUUCUUUCCAGAUUUCACAUGCUGAGUGCAUUGAAAGGCCUUGUAGUGGGACCUGUCAUGACACAAAUUGAAGGGUUAGCCUUAUGGAAAAUUUGCCCACAGAUGUUGAGGGAUGCAGAUACUGCCUUCAUUUUACCAACUUAUCAUGAGGUAAUAAUGUCUUCUCUGUGUCUUUCUUAAAAAGUGUUGCUGAACCAUGCUGUGGCAUGCUUCUUUUGAAGUUUGAGAGUAUGAACAUGAUUUCAGAGGACUUGUAGACUUGUAGUAAUAUUACUAUUAGCCGGUGGUUGUCCCAUGCAGGUUAAAUCUCUUGAAAGCUCUAUAACUGCUUAUUGAACUUUUGAGUACAGAACAAAUUCACAUAGCAUAUCUGCUCUUAUUAAAUAACUCACUUUACUUUAGUCGAUAGGACUACAUUUCUACCAUCUCUAGUAUAUCUCGUUACUAGUCUAGCUCUUGUAGAUGGUCCUGCAAAGUCCCAUUUUACCCUCAAGGAUAUGCAUGUAGAACCAAAAGGUUUUUUUGUAUAAAUGCGUCGGAAUGUUAGAUAAUAUUGUUUUAUAGUUGAUGACUGGUACUUGAGCUGUUCAAGAUGACAGAGGCUCAGAGAUUUCUGCUUCUUGAUGUUCAAGUUUGAAGCCUGUUUUUCAAUUGGCACUUGAAACUGUAACAAAGCAAUUCAAUGCUUGAUGGCUGAUGCUACCGAUGACCUGGAAUUGGUGAGAGAUAUCUGUAGCAGCAGUACUAUUUGAAAUGAUUUGCAAAAUGUAUUUGGAUUUGGUCUUCGCAAAAGUUAUUUCCUCCCAUCUUGUUGGCCCGCUUCAUUUUGCAAACAUUUCAACAUAUAACACAAUUAUUUUUUAAAAAAUAUACAGUACAUGAUUACCCUUGCCAAAAGCAUUGAAAUGAGUUAAAAUCAAAAAGUUCGGAUUUUGCAAGUAAAAAAUAGGGACCAAAGAGAAAUGUAAAACAGAUUAUUUAAUUUAUGACGGGAACUAGUUGGAAAAAUAGUUCUAUUUAUAAAUGAACAUUUUUCAGUACACUUUAAAGCAUCUUUUUCUUAUCUUUCUCUGCGGGCGAAAGUUGAGUCGUUCUCCACCAUCAAUAUCGACCCGCUUCCGCUGUAGAUUUAGCAUGCAAUUUUAGAAUCUGAUCUCCUUUCCUUUCUCAGCUGACUACAACUUUAAAUAGUACACUGAUUCUUUGUGCCUCGUGUCAUUUCUAGCCUCCACCAUCCUUUUUUUUAAUAAAAGAAUAAAUUUUAAUUCCGAAUUGGAACAAAGUUUUCACUAAAUUUGGCUGAGUUCGAUCUGACAUAAAAAAAAAAAAAAACAGUUCACCCAAAAAUCCAUGCAAAUUGUAGAAGUUAUCAAUUAAUAGAUAAUUACUAUGAAAUUUAUUAUUUAACUAUAUUUAAAAAUAAAUAAAUCAGACAAUUAAGGUUAAAUGAUCUGAAGUAGCGAAAUUUUUAUUCAGAGUCUGGAAUAAAAACCCAAAUAAUCCAUGUCAUCAGAAAUGCCAAACAAUAUGAAUGAAAGUAGAUAUUAAAAACUAAAACUAGCAUAUACCUAUAAUUGAACUCAAAAGUGUGCUAUAAGCCUAUAAUUAUACCUAUUAGUCUAUUAAUCAAACCUAUAUAUGAUGGUAUAUCUUCACAUAAUAUGCUGGAGUAGAGUAUUUUCAUUUUUCUGCCAAGAGAAAAUAACGAAUCCAGGUGCCUUUUCCAUUAUAAAAGUUGGUUUCGAUUCCGAUCUGCUUUUUUGGUUCAUUUUGGGGCUUUGAAAUGGCAGCACCAUGUGUAGAAACAGCAGCUUGUAGCAUACAUGUGGUGUGGCCAGUGGCCACUAGUGCAGCAUCUUUGGCUCAUAGUCUGAUACUAUACUCAUUUGGUGAACCAGAUUAUAAACAACAUGAGAGCUGAACAAGAACCUUAAGUCUCUACUUGUGUCUUAAGACUUAAGGUAGAGAAAUGAAGAAGAUUAGUGUUGUCAGAUGUUUAUUCAUCAUCUUCAUCAGUCUUCAGCUUUUCGUUACAUUAACGGUCUCUGUUGAAAACAAGGUGGAGAGAAAUCUUGGUGAUCAUGCAGCUAUGGCAGUUGCGGAGAUAGAUCCACAAGAAGAUGGUGGUAAAGCGCGAGUAGAUGAUCAAGUGAAGAAUAUGAUUGUGAACUCCAAAAAGUCUCAGGGCAAGAGCGGCUCUGGUGGUGGUAAUAAUGCUGUUCAUGGAGAUAAUAAGAAAAGUGCAGCAUCGAUGCUUCCUCAAACUCUGUCUUACUUCAUAUCAGCUAGCUUUACCUUUAGCUUGCUUGUAUUAUCAUUCUGAUUACUCUAAGAUAUGUGUGUGGAGUGUGAUAAUAAGCUAAGAUAGCUUGGAUUAGGCUUAUACUAAUUGUUCAGUCAGCUUCUCUCCGAAUAAGUAAGAUUUCUAAGUUUAGUAAUGUCUUGGAUUUUGGUUUCAAAGUAAACUGUUGCAGGUUUUAGCUUUAAGGUAUAAGAAGUUGAGCAGUGACGUACUUAGUGCACGAGUCUCCCGACUAUCAGCAUUAGCAGGGCGAUUCUAGCAGCUUCACCCUUAUCUUUACAUAAGUAUGUUGUGCUUUCGAAGGUUGUGACCUCAUGAAUAACUGUUAUGGCGAACUCUUUCCACUUAUCUUUUUUCUUUUUCGUGAUUUAAGAUACUAUAUACACGGGCAUCUUUUGUA